AGAGGGUGAGUUUUUAACUCACCUCAGCGCAUAAUGCACGUGUAAUCGAGUAACUAUCAGAUAAAUCACGCCCGUUAGAUUUCAUUAGGUGAUAAUAUCAUCGCAAUAGAUUGAUGAGGGUUGGUCUGAGUGUACAUUCAAAUGGAUCAUGUUGGCUGAACGAGAAAAAAAUGGUGUGAAAAACUAAACAGAAUCUAAUUGACUCUAUGGUUAGUGUGAAGUGGGUGAGACAUGAAUGGCUUGGUGAUUUAUUCUUAGUGUGAAGUGGAAAUGGUGUGUCAAAUAUAGCAGUGAUUUUGAACUUUCUUAAAAGCCACCAAAAAACUUAUUGGAUACUUUUCUGAAAUUGCGCACAGGGUGCUUCGAAAUCGAAUGAAAAAAUGAACAGGAAGAAUUCGUGUGCCAAACUCUUGUCAAAACAGUUAGUUGAUGACAUUAUUAUACGUAGUCAAAACGAGGAACAAAUGCAUUUAAGAGAAACAAAUAUCAUACAUCCAAACAAAAGGUCUGUGUUGAAAAAUGAUAAUUUGAUUGGCAUGCUCAACAGCAAAGCAAACAGCAGAUUCGGCGUUCAGCUUGCCACUGAUGUCCAGGACAUUGGCUCCUUCCCCGAUCUCAACAGCUCUAUUCCUGGGUCAUGCGACACGUGUAAAGACUUACCUGAGAUUGACGCGUUGGAUGCCGAGAAUCAUAAUACAAGUUCAGUCAAAGAUAAAGAAAUGAUCACCCUAGACGAUAUCCCCAACAAAACUCGCAGAUCCAAAAGUGAGGACAAGUUCAAAAAUACAUUUUUCAAAGUGUUUUACUUCCCGCUUCUUUUUUUAACCCUUGGCGGGUUCAGAAUCGCGCUCGAAAAAAAAGUCUCGUCAAAGCAGAAAAGUGUAAGGAAGCCUCAGAUGUGUUUCCAAAUAAAGCACGUAUUGCUAUCCUACCUGCCAACUCUGUACAGGUUAAUAGUUGGUGCCAUUCACAUUUCUAACUUAGGCAGAAUCUUAGCUUAUUGUUUGACUAUCGUGCCCAAGACCAGCGAGUCAGGCGCUGCCCGUUACUUGGUUGCUUCUAUUGGGAUGCUGUACGGUACGGUCAUUUUCUUGAGUGAGCAGAUUGUCCUAAGGAGGCACUUCCCCAAGUUUGUAGAGUGUCUCGCCAGCUAUGAGUCUACCUUUGGCUUUAUCAAUGACAUCGGGAAGAGGCAGCGGAGGCUUAAAUGUAUUACAUUUUUGGUCAUGGCAUGUGAUAUGUUCACAGCAGCAGGCUGGGACGCUCUAGGCAGUGAGAACUCUGACAAUUUCGUCAGCUUCCCUUUCAGAGACGGUCACAUGCGCCUUCCUGGCAAGGUUCUGGUCCACAUACUUUUCUGCGCAUUUGUGUUCCUGGUAUGUAUACCAGUCUAUGGUGUUCUAAUGUUCUACACCGCCAUUUUGGACACUCUUAGAGCUGAAUUUAAAUCUACAACUAAGGUCAUAGCAGAGGUGCUUGGAAAUAGUGAUGAAGUCACAGAAGCUCAAUUCGACCAUUGCAGGUAA